AUGCCUUCUGACGAUGUUUCAUUCCCGCCGCGCUCCAAAUACUCAACAUCUAGCUUUGCGGACGUUUUCAGGUCGUUAAGCGCUUCCCGGGCGAAAUCGUUUCCCGCAACCCCAUUGUCGGACAGCAGCAACUCCGUUCACGACGACACGGAUGGACACACAAGCUUUUGGAACGCAUCAGGAUUUGACUCAAUGCAUCGUGGAAGUGUGGUUUCAAGCUCCUCGGAUGCUUCGGGGGGUCGGGAUUUUGAGACGUCCGUCAAGUUACUGGCGCAGAAGCAGAAUCUAGGCCAUGCCUGUGACGAAGCGGAACAAGUGGCUAAGGCCCUUCAGUGGUAUACCCCGGAGCAAGCUCUCGGUCUCUGGGAAGCUGGUUCGCACCUUUUACACCAUGAAGGUUCUCCCGACGCUCGACGCAGUGGCUCCCUUUUGCUAGUGUCCCUCUCAGCUCGACAGGACCUUUCCCCCGCAGCUCGGCGCACCGUUUUUGACUCCAUAGCAUCUGAAUCCGAGCCCGAUGUUAUCCCAGCCCGCGCCCAAGCCCUGAUAUCGCUGUCAGACCAUGGCAGGCGUUUGGAAUUCGCUACUUCGUCACUUCUGCCCUUAAUUUCCUCAUUCAUAGUUCCGUUAUACGAAAUCAUCUCCUCAGCACGGGCGAAAGCAAGAAAAGCCAAGGUCGGAAAAGCGAAUGGGCUUGCCUACGAAGAUAGUGUAUUGGAUGAUCUUUUACAAUUCGCGGUUGAUCUCAUUACCCUUCAGCGAAAGCAACCAGAGAGUGAUGAGGUUCGAGAAUUGUUGGAUCAGAUUUUCAUAAUUUGCAGGAAGACGAGUGUUGCAGCCGAUAUCAAACAUUCCUUGGCCGUUUUUGAUGCAGUUAUCCUAUAUGGAAAUGUGCCUGAUGGAAGUUUUACUCCCAUGCUUGAGCUACUUUGUAGCAUUCAUGCGUCCGUGAGAUCCCUGUCAGGCCCUACAUCAAGGGCUGUUCGAAAUUUGGCAAAGUCUAGAAGAAAACACGAAAUGGUGGCUACCCUUCACUCAUUUUUGCUCGAGUCAAACGGGGAAAACUGUCAGAAUCUUAACGUUUUGCGCGGCGCAGUGUACGUUUUCGCUGACCUUAUCCGUGCACAUGGCCAGGAAGGUAUAGCACAACUGCAGUUCGAACCUCUGAUGAACUCCCUUCAAGUGGUCCUCCAAAAGAAUGAUGGCCGAUUAGAGGCAGAUAUUUUGGAGCUAUGUUUGAACACUUUGGAGGGAGAGUUCGCUCAAGUUACUUUAACACAAGACUGGACAGGCUUUGUCAGUAUCCUCAAUUUCUGUUCUAGAAGGGUUGUUGAGGAACCUGAAACGAGUGCUACAAAACCACUCAGCCCAGAUUCACCUCAGUCAAGGGGUAGUGUCAUCGAUGAUGUCAAGCCUAAUAUCUUGGCCAAUAUUGUUCAAAUCGCGUCCGCUGUUGGAUCUUUAUGGGACAGCUUGAAUGGACAGCAGAGACUGGAAAUCACAAACUUCUUAUCCAACGUUUGCCAGCACAUUGAGCCAACUCAAGCUGAACUGAUUCUAAACACCAUGAGGACUGAGAAGCUUUGCGAUCCCCAGACCUCAGGAUGGGUUCAAUGCUGUCAGCAAGUGAUUAACUACUUCGUCCGUGACCGUAGCAAGCCAACUGAAGUUCGAAUCACGGCCCUGGAAAUUUUGAAGGAGGCCUUCCAUGGCUAUGAGUCCAUGGUUCUCUUUCAUAAAGAGCGGCUUCUGGAUCUAAUGCUCGAGGACUUCAGUAAUGAAGAUAGCAUUCUAUUCCUGGAGUCUUUAGUGUCCUUCCUCGUCGAUAAUAUCGUUCCCUCAUGUGAUGAUACUGCUUUCAAAUCCUUGAUAGAUAUCAUCAGCUCGCCAAUGGCCAAGGAUUCGAACCCAGGAGAAUCAGAGCCAGUUCAAGUCUCCCCGCCGGAAGGCCGCUCUUUGAGCUUCGCGUUAGAGGCCUCUUUAGCGAAUGUCUGCGCUCUUGGCCUAGUGAGAACGUUCCUAAGGUCACUGAAUCUAUCAGCAGCCAAGGCAAUAAAAGUUUACGAAGCGCUGUUGAAGAUAGCAGAAUCUUCGGACCGACCUCUAGACUCGCGCUUGACUGCACUCAAAAUGCUUUUUAGGCUUCGAUGCGAUUCUUCAGGCUCCAUAAUCGUUAUCUCGGUGCCCGAGGAUGACUUUAGAAUGAGCAUAUCUGGCCGCAACCUUGAAGUUGGUUCUCUUACGAACGAUCUCGAAGACGCUACUGGAGAUUACAUUGCAGAUAAUGAUCCAGGCCUGUCUUCAACUCAAAAAAGGCAUCCGACCCGUGCAACAUCCUCCAGUGCUCUGUCUAGGUCUACCGGACGUAUCACAAACUAUAAUCAGCGUGUACCGAAGCUGUCUCAUCCUGUAUGGGCAUAUGCCGCGCCGCAGGUUUUGCCGGAGGAGCCUCCGGAUGGAUCCAGUCCGUUUUUAUAUGCCCGUGCGACACCAAACACAUCGCCACAAUUAGAUUCGGAGCCAGCUCAAAGGAUCGCAUUGAAAGCGAAUGUAUGGCUUGAAACGAUCAUUAUUCUACUUCAGCGGGAGACGAACUGGGACAUUUACAGCUACGUUCUUACCCACCUGGCACCUCAACUUCAGAACAAAGAUUUAUUUGACAACGCUGUCCCUCAAAUCAAGCUGCUACGCAGCAUUCUGUGCGAUCAGAUCAAAAAUGACUCUUUCCGUGAACCCCCGAUAUAUACCGGCGUGAAAAAGUCUGACGUGGCUGGCUAUAUCUUUGAUUCUCUCUGCGUGUUGAUAAGCUAUCACGAGCACUUUGCAAAGAGUGAGGAGGAUGAACUUGUUCGCUCAUUUAUGAUGGGCAUCAUUGGGUCUUGGGGAGGCACUUCCCGGGGUUGUAUACAUGCACUCUCCGUUUGCUGUCAUGAAAUUCCGCUCUCAGUCACCAAGGCUUUGAAUGGAAUUCUUGACAAAAUCUCCAAGCUCAUUACGCUGUCCAAUCUGGCUGUCCAUAUAUUGGAGUUCUUGGCGCUUCUUGCACGACUGCCCGAAGUCUACAUCAACCUGCGUGAAGAGGAAAUCCGCACCGUCUUUGGAAUAUGCAUUCGACUCUUGCAGACCUCCCGAGAGCAUAGACUCAAGGCCACCGAAGCACCGAACAGGAACCCCCAAGGCGCUGCAAGAACCGGGAGUGUUGUUGGUGAGACUGCAGCUUUGCCCGGCAACGAAAUGUCCGAGCCGUCCACUCAAGAUGCUAUGUCUACAUACAUUUAUACCUCGACACACCACGUCAUGAUCUUCUGGUUCCUGUCGUUGAAACUACAAGAUCGGGCGAAACAUAUCAACUGGAUAACUAGCAGACUCAUUUUCACGGAUGAGCAUGGGAAAGAGACUCUGGAAGAGCAAAGCCAAGUAUUCCUUGAUUUAAUGCAAAGGGUCGCUUUCUCGGAUUUGGGUGAGACUAUCCCCUAUGCCACAUUCCCCCCGUCUCCUGAAGAUGGGCCGGUUAUAAAAAGAUCCUGGAUUGUGGGCAUGAGCAUAGUCACUCUGGAGACUGCCGGUGUUUCUGGGUUGACACAAAUCACCAAAAGACAAGCAUCAGGAACAACUUAUGCAAUGUAUCAACAGCGUACUGCUCCUAUCCUGCCUCAUCAAAUCCCGAUUUCCCACGAUGCUCAUCUGCAUUCGGACAGCAUGCACACCAAUGUCCUUCCCAGUCACAUAAUGCUUCAACUGACGGCAACGGCUUUCCCCACGCCCACUACAAUCCAGCCUAUACCACUACCGGAUGACGACAUCACGCGCCGCGCCCUAAGCACAUUUGAUCGCAAUGAUAUCGUGGAUGGCCACAAGAUCGGUGUCAUUUAUAUUGACGACGGUCAGACCACAGAGGCAGAAAUCCUCUCGAACACUGUUGGCAGUCCUGAUUACGAGUAUUUUCUCUCGCAACUCGGUACAAAGGUGUCGCUCAAGGAAGCGAGGUUCAACACUCAGGGUUUGCACGCGGAAACAGAUGGGGAAUUCACAUAUGCAUGGCGUGACCGUGUCACCGAAAUCGUUUACCACGUGGCGACGAUGAUGCCAACCAAUUUCGACAGUGAUCCAUCCUGCAUCCUCAAGAAAAGUCACAUAGGGAAUGACUUCGUGAACAUCAUUUUCAAUCGUUCCAAUACUCCAUUCAAUUUUAACACGAUACCCUCCCAGUUCAAUUUCUUCAACAUUGUCGUCAGUCCUGUCUCUCGACUCACUCAAGGAGACAAGAUGGCUUCCGCAGCAGCAUCGAACCCUGAGAACAUGUUCUACUGCGUCAAAGUAAUGAGCAAACCAGGGUUUCCUGAAAUCUCCCCUGCUGCGUCGCCAAAAAUCAUCUCGGGCAAGAAUCUCGCCCCGUUUGUGCGCAUUCUUGCACUCAAUGCUUCGGUGUUCUCCCUCGUUUGGAACAGUCAGGGCGAGCAUAUUUCAUCCUGGCGCAAUAGACUGCGUGAGAUCAAACGCCUACGGGAACGGGUACUGGGAUCACAAUCUCAGAACGCGGAUACACUGGAUGCCACAUACCCUACCCAGCGCCGCAACACCAAAGCCAACAUCUUCUCCGAAGAGGUGCCGGUCCGUACCAGCUCCGGAAAAUCCGAGAUCUCAACCGACUGGAACGCGACAGCAGACUCGAAUAUUCUCCAAAAUCUGGACUUUUCGCGCUGGGCUAAGUGA